CCUCAACAAAACUUCUUCGGGAGCCUGGAGUGGUCGUGAUCAUUCGUCACACUUCAGUAGACAUCACAUAUAACUCAUCUGGAGUGAAGCCCGUGGCAAGCAGAAAUUUCUUUUCGAUAAAACCAUAGUGCGCCAAUAAUGGAUUCGCAUUGCAACCUCGACUCGCUUUUUGGAGUGCUAAGUCUUCUGGAUCAGCUUGAACGCACAGGGAAGGCUUCAGAAACAACAACAGUCGGGACGCUCAUAAAACACGGGCUUCGCGAUACUGAAUCAUGCUCAGAGGCUAUCUGGGACACCAUUGCUGUAACUCGGCGCUCAUUAUCGGACCACGCAACACUGCAAGAUUACCGGUUUGUUUUGCGGAGUACCAUCAACAUUAAAUCCAGACCAGCGGUACAAGGAUCGCACAUUAUGCGCCUGCCUGGUGAGAUUUUGACAGAUGUUUGCCGCUAUUUGUACCCUUUGGCGUUUCUCGAUUCGGACCGCUUUGCCACUAUAAGUAUGAUGGAUAACUUCGUGCAGCCAAAUAAAGCCAUACAGAGUCUGCGGCUCACAUGUCGACGCCUCCGCGAUGCAAGCACGCCUUUUCUCCUGACCUUCCCAAGGGUAGAUUUGAGAGAAGCUUCUUUAGCGAAAUUCGAAGAGUUAUCCAGACAUCCAACAAUUGGACCAAGUAUUCGGGGCGUACAAGUGACCCUACACUAUUUCGAUCCACGGAUGGCUGCCGAUGAAUGCGUUUUCUCCAAAUAUAGCAUGGGUAAACUCUAUAAUUCGGCGGGCUCUCUGUGGUCUGCUGGCGUAUUCGAUGCGAAGUCUUCGGAGAGCGGCUUAUACGAAGAGGAGAAUUCCCUGGACGGAUCUCAAACACGUGACCAUUGGUUGAAGAUAACCAAAGAAGCUUACCCUGAGUACGUCAGGUUAUACCAGGACCAGCAGCGAUUGCGGGAAGAUGGGAGCUUUGUUCGCAGAGUCAGUGCCGCUUUGGCGAAGUUGAAGGGCAUGAAGAGGUUGGAAGUCAAUGAUGGAUCACUUGGGAGAGGUCGCUUUGAUCCAUAUUCCGAGGACAAAGGAUCAAAGGAAGACUUGAUGCGCGUCCUCUUGUCACCUCGCGUGUGGGAACAACCUCUGCUCGAUUCUCUCCCAUACCAGCUUGACCAGCUUGCAAGGGCGAAUCUUGAGCCCACCGAGGUGCUAUUCAGUCUCCUACAGUCAGUCGGGGACGCCUGGAACUGGAUUGAUAACUUCUGCAUUGACAUCACACCCAUGCAUGACUAUACUCUUCUGACAACGACAACACAGGAGCGAAAGGAUAUCACAUGUUCAGUUCAGAAGCUGAAGACUUUUCAGUUCAAGAGCAAUCGAUGUAGCGACCUUUGGCCAUACGACGAGUCAGUGGGGCCAGAAGUAAUAAUACAACUCCUGACAGCACUCGUUGACAUACCAGGUCUCCAGCGGCUCAUAUUGGAGAUGCCUCCGGUAUGGGGUGACCCCUCCAAUAUGAACACGGAAUCUUACAGCUUCGGGCCGAUCUUAACUUCACGCACGUGGCCACAGCUUGAAAGUGUAUACAUUUCAGACAUGACUCUUCAUAACGCAGAGUAUGAAGCAUUUUUACUGCAUCUUAAUCGCAGGAACGGCGGGCCAUCGUUGCGAUUCAAGAGUCUCGAAAUAAUAUAUCCUGACGGAUAUUGGGAGGACCACUGAUCUGUUUUCGAAAGCAGGAUCUGAGUACCAUCGCUUCGAAAGCCAUUUAGUACUGCUACGAGGUAUUUAGAUGAGAACAUAACAUGCUCC